GAAAAUUGGAGCAGAGCGGCGGCCGCACGGGCACCGCAUCCCCGUGAGCCCGGAGCGCUCGGGGCCGAUCCGUGCGGUACCAAAGCAGCUCGGAGCCGGCGGGCACAGCGGCGGAGUUCGGAGUUGUAACAGCCCUGCCGCCCAUACUCCUACCCUACAGCGAUCCUCCGGGUCGCUGGAUGGGAUUUUGAUGCCGCCAUCCCGUCCCGAAGGGGAUGCGGGAGAGGAUCGGGCCGUUUCGUACAGUGGAUUUCUGAGGUUUGAGCGGAGGAUGCGGUGUCCCACGGCCACGGGGGACCUCAUGCCCAGGACCCUGGAGGGGCAGAUCACCAUGGAGAAGACCCCCAGCUACUUCGUCACCAAGGAGGCCCCAGCCCGCAUCUCCUCCAUGGCCAAGGGCACGAAGCUGAUCGUGGUGGUGCGGGACCCCGUGACCAGAGCCAUCUCGGACUACACACAGACGCUCUCCAAGAAGCCCGACAUCCCCACCUUUGAGAGCCUGACCUUCAAAAACAGGACUACGGGCCUAAUCGACACCUCGUGGAGCGCCAUCCAGAUCGGCAUCUACGCCAAGCACCUGGAGAACUGGCUGCUCUACUUCCCCAUCGGGCAGAUCCUCUUCGUCAGCGGGGAGAGGCUGAUCAGCGACCCCGCGGGGGAGCUGGGCAGGGUCCAGGACUUUCUGGGCCUCAAGAGGAUCAUCACCGACAAACACUUCUACUUCAACAAAACCAAGGGCUUCCCCUGCCUGAAGAAGGCGGAGGGCAGCAGCAAACCCCACUGCCUGGGGAAAACGAAAGGCAGGACCCACCCCGACAUCGACCAGGAGGUGGUGCAGAGGCUGCGGGACUUCUACCGGCCCUUCAACAUGAAGUUCUACCAGAUGACGGGGCAGGACUUCGGCUGGGACUGAGGCUGGCGUGGGAAAGUCCCCUGUAAUUACUUGCCCAUCACAGUUUGCGUAUAUAAAGAGAUAUAUAUGUAUGUAAAA